CAAUACCCAUUAAAGACGGAAAGAAAAGUUCUUUCUUUGAUGAUGAUUAUACAGAGAGAAGAGGUAAAGACGAAGAAGAAGAGGAGGAAGAAGAAGAUUUGUCUAUGGUCUCUGAUGCAUCCUCUGGCCCUCCACAUCUCCAAGAAGAUAUUAAUCAAGAUCGAAGGUACUUUGCCAAUGGCUAUUUUAAUAAUGAGGUAUGUGAAGCAGAGUACUCCCCUUCAUUUCCCGGCGAUGGCAAACGCCAGCUGAUUAGAGAACGAUGCCGCCAUCGCCGCCGGGAGGAGAAUCAAGAACCGCCGGGAAAUUUUCUCGAUGACACUGCCAGUUCUCCUCUCGUUAACUUCUCCAAUAACAAUGUUUCCAUCUCCAACAAUCAAGCUUCAUUGGAAAGCGCCUUGGAUUAUUCACAAGGAUUCUCUGCAACCCACUUUCAGGAGCGAAGAUCUACAUUCCAAGACCAUUUUGGCUUCUUCCAGUCUCCUCAACUUCCAAAUAACCAGUGGUUUUAAGGGAGAAGAAGAUUAAUCUCUCCAAGCUCUUACUCUGCUACUGCAACUUGUUGAUGACUUGGUGUAAGGUUGUUGUCAAAAAAGAAAAAGGAAAAAAUAUGGAUCUCAAAGGAGAUCUUUUU